AUGUCAGUGCAGAUCCCGCCAAAAGCGCUAUUCUUCGACGUCUUCGGCACUGUCGUCGAUUGGCGUACCUCAAUCCACCGAGCUCUUACAACAUCGAUCCAAAGCAUUCUCCACGAUGCAAACCGGACGAUUCCAUCCCAGCUUCGCGAUCGAGCCGCUUCUAUAACCGAAAAAGACUGGCAUGCUUUUGCACAAGCAUGGCGAAACGAAUACUACGAAUCCACGGACAGUGACAAUCUAGACAAAAAUCGGACAUUAUUUGUAACCGUCGACGAAUACCAUCUCCAAUCACUCCGACAACUACUCGAAGAAUGGGAACUAGAUGGCCUUCUCACCGAGGAUGAAAUACAGAAACUGUCCCUGGCAUGGCAUGACCUAGCCCCUUGGCCAGACAGUGUCGAGGGUUUAACCCGCUUAAACACCAAAUUCAUCACCUCAACUCUUUCCAACGGCAAUACAUCACUGCUCAAAGAUUUGAACACCAACGGCUUCCUACCUUUCAAACAUGUAACUGGCGCUGAAGACUUUGGAGUCUACAAACCAGCACCCGCGGUUUAUCAAGGAGCGGCACGAAAGUUAGGUCUUGAGACUUCGGAAUGCGCGCUUGUAGCUGCUCAUAUGAGUGAUUUGGCGGCUGCAAGGAAAUGUGGGUUCCAGACCAUAUAUAUCGAGAGGCUGAAUGAGGAGACGCUUGGUACUGAGGAGGUCGCAAAGGCGAAGAAAGAAGGCUGGGUAGAUCUAUGGGUUUCAGAAAAUCAGGAUGGAAUUCGUGACGUGGCUGCUCAUUUUGGGUUAAUGCAUUAUGAUCUCCAAAUACUGGGUGAAGCAUAG